CCUCGCUGUGACGCCGCGUGUGUGUCGUCUCGGAAUCAGCGAAGUGUAUCUCGGGGCCACAUCUCUAGCCGUUACCCGCGCCGUUAAAGCGAGUCUUGCACCUUUUUCGUGCGGGUCCAAUGCACUUGCCUCUGCCAGCUGUGGCUCUAUUACUACUUUGCAUUGCAACUCCACACAACGUGCAGCGUGCAGCGUGCAGCAACUCCACCUGCUUCCAUCGUCUGUUGUCCAGACUUUCAGCGCUCACUUUCCAUUUCGGUCUGUCCCCACCGCAAACCAGCCUACCGGUAGUCAAGCGUCUACAUUUCAGUCCGGUAUAUCGAGUCGCCCCGUCGUCACAUGAUGGCGAUUGCUGCUGAAGCUUCGUCGCCUUCGGUCCGCAAUGCGCGCGUGACGCCCGGCAAUUUAUUCCGCCGCAUGUCGGCGCAGGCCAUGGGGAUGGAAGCCGCAGCGCUGUGCCACCGCUCACAUUGGGUGCCCAAGUCAUCGCGCUCGAACUGCUCGAAUUGCCGUCGCAGCUUCCGCCUCUGGGCUGGCAAACAUCACUGCCGUCUGUGCGGCGAGAUCGUGUGCGGCGCCUGCUCCACCAAGCGCAUUUUAUUCCAGAAGAAGAGCGUCCGCACUUGCGAUGACUGCGUCCACGCCAACGUGCAGAAUAUCUCGGAGAUUAACCGUCGCCGCUCCACGCCCGAGUUCCUGCGCUCUUAUACGAGUCCUGCAGCUUUCGAAGACGCCGACGACAGGUUCGAGCGCCACAGUCUUCAGGCAAUGCCGUUGCGUUCAGCCAGCAGCCGUGAAUUCCACAGGCAUCACUCGUCGUUUGUAUCGACGGGUUCGCGCCGCGGGACUGUCAGCGACAUCAUUAACCAGGUCGAGGAGAACACCACGUCGUCCGAGGAGGCGACGCUCAUGAACUACCGCAUCACAUUCUCCUGGCAAACCCACAUCAUGUCGCUAGUUAUCGCGGCGCUUGUCCUCUCCAUCGCCUGCACGCUCAAACUCAUGGCACAGGUGUAGGAGAAUGUAAGAAUCUAGUGUAGUGUACGAAUACAUGUAUGAUCAUUAUUUCAGCUGCAGGCAGGCGACUCGCUGCAGCCAAAUAGACUCGACACCGCAUAACCAGGUGACAAUGCAUGCUCGAUUUUUGGCAGGGACGCAACAAUUAUGACAUCAUUGCAACGGCCUUACUGAACAUGUAGUUUCCUGCCCGUCACACCGAUGAGAUCCUCAAAUUUUCUUUAAAAUAUAGCUGUGCAAAAAGGCAGACGCGGAUAAUAUGAGGAAAUUCCAC